AGGCACUUGUCGCUGCAUGAAUACCUGAGCAUGAGGCUGCUGAAGGAGGCCGGGGUGGCUGUUCCGAACGCGUUGGUUGCAAAGACACCAGAGGAGGUGUACGCUGCUGCCAAAGAAAUAGGGACAGAGGACCUAGUGGUCAAGGCCCAGGUUUUGGCAGGCGGGCGUGGAAAAGGGAUCUUCGAAGGGGGUCUGAAGGGAGGCGUGCAGAUGGUGUGUUCCCCUGAGGAAGCCAGGGAGGUGGCCACCCAGAUGAUCGGGAAGAAGCUGUUCACCAAGCAGACGGGGGAAAGGGGCCGGAUUUGCAACCAGGUCCUCGUCUGUGAGCGCAGGUACCUGAGGAAGGAGUACUACUUUGCCAUCACCAUGGAGAGGGCCUUCCAGGGGCCGGUGCUCAUCGGCAGUUCCCAGGGGGGUGUCAGUAUCGAAGACGUCGCUGCCGAGGACCCGGAAGCCAUCCUGAAGGAGCCUGUGGAUAUCGUGGAGGGGAUCCAGGAAGAGCAGGCCCUUCGGCUGGCUCAGAAAAUGGGCUUUCAGGCUAAGGUGUCGAGCGAAGCUGCCGAUACCAUGGUCAAGCUUUACAACCUUUUUAUUAAGUACGAUGCUGUCAUGGUGGAGAUCAACCCCAUGGUGGAAGACUCCACGGGGAGGGUGAUGUGCAUGGAUGCAAAGAUAAACUUUGAUGACAAUUCGGCUUUCCGUCAGAAGCAGAUCUUUGAGCUGCAGGACUGGACCCAGGAGGAUGAGCGGGACAGGGAGGCCGCCAGCGCCGACCUCAGCUACGUCGGCCUGGACGGGAAUAUCGGCUGCCUGGUGAACGGGGCUGGCCUGGCCAUGGCCACCAUGGACAUCAUUAAGCUCCACGGGGGCACCCCAGCCAACUUCCUGGAUGUCGGUGGGGGGGCCACGGCGGAACAGGUGAAGGAGGCCUUCAAGCUGAUCACUUCCGAUCAACGGGUGCAGUCCAUCCUGGUCAAUAUCUUUGGGGGCAUCAUGCGAUGCGACAUUAUCGCUGAAGGGAUCAUCCUGGCGGCCACUGAGCUUGAGCUGAAAAUCCCGGUCGUUGUGCGGUUACAAGGCACGCAAGUGGAGCAGGCGAAAGUUUUGAUAGCCGAGAGCAGCCUGAAAAUCUUGGCCUGCGACGACUUGGACCAAGCGGCCAAGAUGGCCGUGACCCUCUCCGACAUUGUGACGUUGGCCAGGCAAGCUCACCUGGAGGUGACCUUCUAG